UAGUUGACGCAAUGAAGUCAAUAGUAUUGCUCCUGCUGCUUCUUGUCGUUUCAACCUCAGGGAACAAGAUGUAUAGUUGGCAAAAUCUCACCGGCGUUCAUCAAGAUGAAGGGAUUUGGGAUUCUCUUGCGCAGGUAAAUUACAUAUUCCCUAUAACCAUUCAACCCCAGAAGACAUGUGGUGGCAAGGCUGGUGCAUGUACCGGAAAUGUUAAUGGGAUGAAAUACAGCAAAUGUGUAACAUACGACAGAUGCAAACGCUUGAUGAUGGGGUAACGUAACUCAAGUUUCCUCUAUGGCUCCGAAUGGUUAGUCGACUAUCCGUAUUUACAACUUUCUUUUGUUCCGUCCUUGUACGCUCUGUGAGUUCUAUUCGAUAUGCCUGUUCAUCUAUUAGGAAACCAUGUAACCUCUACUGGAUCGCUUCAUGGGUUAUAUAUGUUUUAUCUAUUUUUUUCCAAAAUAUAUGAAGUGUUUUUUAAUUUUUGUAACGUCCGUGAAGUAAUUAUACAAGAGUAUUUGCAUUUCAUACACACACAAAACCCCCUAUUUAGCUAUAUACCAU